AUGAUGUCCAAGGGUCUGCUGUCCGCUCUGCUCCUCUGUGUGCUGCUGCUGCAGGCCCAAGGUGGAUACCGUGCAUGGAAGAGUAUGCAGAGAAUGAAGGCCUGUGAGAACCAGCCUAGCAUAGAACUAUGCAAGUACCAUUGUUCAUAUUUCCAAAAGUGUCAGGCAAAUGACAUAUGCUGUUCAACCUUCUGUGGGAAUGUUUGCAUGAGCCUGCUGUGA